GACUUUCCUAUUACCGUAAACAUUAAAAUAAUCGCGCAGUUAAACUCCACUCGCAGCUAUCUUCAGUGGUAUUUGUUAUAGUAUCCACAGGUAAGAAUAGAGGGACAGGUGAAAAAAAGUAAAGUUCUCCUACAGAUCCCGCUGUGGUUUCCGACAGAGAUCAGCUAAAACGGAACCUCCGUGUUCAUGUUCGUUGACAUUUGGGAGGAAUAGUAGGAGGAUGACCGGGAGGAGGAGUAGUCCAGGGAAGAAUCGUCAGUUUUAUUGCGUUGUCACAGUGCUCAGGGAGUUCAGAAGCGCUCGGACCGCCUGAUGUGAUUAUUUCGUGAGUCCACCCAAAAUCUGAGCAAGGAGAGCAGUUAUCCUAUCUCCUAUUUCACCUCCUCCCAGAACUACUGUACUCUGUCCAACUUUCCCCCUAAGUGUCCUCUCAAGGCUGCUCCUUGGUGGUGUUUUGAAGCCCAAACUCGUUUUCAUGGCUUAAAACACACUUCUUUUGCAGUCAUUGUAAAAAUAUCUUGAAGAAAAAUUUCUAGAGGUGAAGAUGCAACUUCGCACGGUCCUGGACGUGAAUGUUGUGGAUGUGCAGAAGAGAAGGAAUCCAUCCAAGCACUAUGUGUACCUCAUCAGUGUCACUUACUCUGACUCCACGUCUCACGUCAUCUACAGGAGGUACAGCAAAUUCUUUGACCUGCAGAUGCGGAUUCUUGACCAAUUCCCAAUUGAAGGAGGACAGAAAGACCCCAAGAAGAGGAUUAUUCCUUUUCUGCCAGGCAAAGUCCUGUUUCGUCGAAGUCACAUCAGAGAUGUGGCUGUCAGAAGACUGAAGCACCUGGACAAUUACUGCAAAGCCCUGCUCAAGCUUCCUGUCAACAUUUCACAAAGUGAGGAAGUCCUGAAGUUUUUUGAAACCAAGUCUGAAGACCUCAACCCUCCCACCGAAGACUGUGGGAGUUCGGGAAAACGCAAAUCAGGUCUCGAUGCCUCGGACCCUAUGCUUUUGGAACAGUACGUGGUGGUGGCGAACUAUGAGAAACAGGAACCCGCAGAAAUCAGCCUUCAAGCAGGGGAGGUGGUCGAUGUCAUUGAGAAAAGCGAGAGCGGUUGGUGGUUUGUCAGCACAGCAGAGGAACAGGGCUGGGUUCCCGCAACCUACCUAAACUCCCACAGUGGGACACGGGAUGAUUUGGAGCUCGGCGCCUCUAAAGUUGGCGAAGUAACUAAGCGGCACAAGGCUCAUCUGAAGCGGCUGGACCGGAGAUGGACGUUGGGGGGUGUCAUCAGCAGGCAGCAGAGCCGAGAAGAGAAGUACAUAACAGUGCAGUCCUAUUCCGGUCAGGGCAAAGACGAAAUUGCUUUUGAGAAAGGAGUGAUUGUGGAGGUGAUUCAAAAAAACCUGGAAGGAUGGUGGUUUGUCAGAUAUCAGGACAAAGAAGGCUGGGCUCCAGCUUCCUACCUGAAGAAGAUGAAAGAUGACUUCUCACCACGCAAGAAGACUGUCACAGGUCCAGUGGAGAUAAUCGGAAACAUCAUGGAGAUCAGCAACCUGCUAAACAAAAAGGCAUCCAGUGAGAAGGACAUGCAGAGUGAAUGUGUUCCAGAGAGCCCCCAAGUGUCCAAGAAGGAGAUCAGCUUGCCAAUCCCCUGCGCAGAAUCAAGUCCAGUUAAUUCACCACAGGAUGGGAAAAGUAAACCUGAGCCUGCUUCACCAGCCAUCGCCCGCAUAGCUCCUCAUCGGGUGGAAAUUGGUUCCCCAAUUCUCCGGCAAAAACCUCCUCCUCGAAGAGAUGCAACUCUGGGAUUUCAGUUGCCCUCCCCACCAGAGCCCCCUACAGUUGAAGCCGAGUACUACACCAUUGCAGAUUUUCAGUCUUGUAUAUCUGAUGGAAUCAGUUUCAAUGGGGGACAGAAAGCAGAUGUCAUUGAGAAGAACUCCGGUGGUUGGUGGUAUGUCCAGAUUGGUGAGAAGGAAGGCUGGGCUCCAUGUUCCUUCAUUGAUAAACGUAAAAAGCCCAACCUGAAUCGCAGAACCAGCACUCUGUGUCGCCCUAAGGUUCCACCUCCAGCACCUCCUGUCAAAAAGCAGGACUCAGCAGAAAGUGCCCCACCCAGCAGCCCAGGGUCCGAAGCUCCAGAGUCCCCUGGGUCUUCUGGAAGACCAGUGUAUGAAGAACCAGAAUAUGAUGUCCCUGCUAUUGGAGAUUUAGACCUGGAGUCUGAGUUUGAGUUUUUGAGAGGUGGAAGUUCCUUGGUGGUUGGAAAGAACGAGGACACUUCCUCUGAGAAAGGGUCACAUUUGUCCUCCAAGCCGUCCCCUGCGUCAUCACUCCACAGCGCCUCUUUCAAGCUGGGUGAGUCAUUUGAAGAUGGCCAUGAGGCAGAGGUGGAGGAAGAGUGCAUUUAUGAGAAUGACUGCUUCAGGCCGAGAGAUACUCCAGAAAGGCAGUGCAGCAGAGACUCAAAUUCAUUCAAGACAAGUGGUCUGUCGGACAGUGGCAAGACCGCAAACCCAACUUCAGCUGGCUGGAGAUCUCCUGGGAACAAGCUCAAGAUUGACUUGAACGGAAGCCCAUUUUCAAUCAAAGCUGAGGAGUCCUCUAGUCCAAAAUCUGGCUCAGGUGAAUCUGCUACAGAUGUGUCUAGAUCACACAAAGACCAGGACGAAAGCAAGGCAUCGUCUCCUCCAAAAUCGGCCUUCAAACUGAAGCCAGUAGUCAGGCCCAAACCACAGCUUAACAAGGCCUCCAGUGCUGAAAAGAUGGACAUCAGUACCCUGAGAAGACAACUGCGACCCACAGGGCAGCUGAAGAAUGGCACCAAAACCAAAGGUGAGGACUCUGAGACAGCUUCAGUCGUCUCCUCUGAAGAUUCCUUUUCUUCUCAGAGCACAUCAGAUCUAUCCUCCAUCUAUUCCAAAGGCAGCCGUGGAGACUCUGACCUGGAAGGAUCUGUGUAUCGCACCACAGAUCCCUAUGAGAAAGUCCAAGAGUCUGAGGUCAGUUUUCCUGCUGGAGUGGAGGUGGAGGUGCUGGAGAAGCAGGAGAGUGGCUGGUGGUACAUCCGCUGGGGAGACAAUGAAGGCUGGGCUCCAACUUACUUCCUGGAGCCUGCCCGACAACAAGAGGACAUUGCGGGGUCGGAGUCUGAUGAAACAACGAUUAAACUUGGGAGCCUCAGUAAGUCCAACAGCCUUGAGAAGAAUGAACAAAGAGUUCAGGUGCUAAACAACAUCAACCAGAACAUGAAGAAGGUCACCCCGCCUAUUCCUUCCAAACCUCCUGGUGGUCUCUCUAAGCCUAGCAGCUUGUUUGAUUCAAGGAAACAGAACAACACCAAACAGCAGCAAGUGGUCCGACCUCAGUCUGUCUUCAUUUCAGCCCCAAUAAAGGACGGUCCCAGCCCUGUUGGCUCUCUGAGGAGAAACGAGUCCCUCAACUCCACAGACCAUCCUCGCGCCAGCCCCACAGUGCGACGCAAUGCUUCUUUCGGCACUGUUCCACGUAGUACGGUGACCAACAACAUAGUGUUACCCAACAAGAACAGAUCAGGUACUGGCAGCUCUGAAUCCAUUGGCCAGAGCUCUCCAAAGAAUGCUCUCCCAGUGUCUACAGUGAGGCCUAAACCCCACAUCAUCCAUAACAACCUCAGGGAGGUGUACGUCUCCAUCGCUGAUUAUCAUGGGGAUGAGGAGACCAUGGGAUUUCCUGAGGGGACAAGUCUUGAAGUCCUGGAAAAGAAUCCCAAUGGGUGGUGGUACUGUAAAGUUCUGGACAAUGGCAGACCAAGGAAAGGGUGGGUUCCCUCCAAUUACCUGGAGAAAAGGCACUAGUUUUCACAUGUGGAGGCGGCAGAUCUCCUAACAUGCUUUUAAAGACUUCUCAAAGAGAUGAAAGUGGCUAGCGCUCAGGCCAAAGAACUGGGACUAAAACCUAACUGGUACCUUUGCCAAAAUGAGUAACCCAAAUAAAUUCUAACUUUGAAAGGAAGGAGGAAUUAAAUUAAUCUUCAAAUGCAGGGCUGUGAUGUCGUGUCGGGGGGAGGGGGGGAGGCAGCGUGUUAAAAAAAAAAAAGAAAAGAAAAAAAAGGAGACCAGUGGUUACCCUUAACUUGAAACAGGUCUGAACAUUGAACCAUGUUCUCUAAGUUUAUAAUGUAUUAUUUCACAACAACUCUUAAGCAUUUAAAGCUUAUUGCAUGUUUAAAAUAAUUCAUUAUACCGACGAUGCCUCGAGCUGUUGAAUAUAACUUUUUCCUCCUCCUUUCUCUGCGGAAACUUGUUGCCAAAGCUGCUUUGUUAAUCUCCCUUGCUGUCUUAUUGCAUGUCUUUAUAUCUCUUUUAUACUGUAAGUCACUUUUAUGUGAAAUAUUUUAUCAGUUUGUGUUGUAAUGUUCCCAUGGAGUGUUAAUGCUUAUAUAAUUUUGUUAACUCUGAAGAAGAAACUCUCCUCAGAAUUUUCCUCAAAAGCUUAUUAUCCAAAACAUUAACUUCCCUCACAACGGAGAAGAUCAUAUUUAUUCAUUACUUUAAUAUUGUACUGUUACUUAGUUUAUUUUUGUAUGUUUUAAAAUGAAAACCACAGCCCCAUGAAUAUGUUUAAAAACUGCUCUGUUUAACCUAACAUUUUAAAUUUCUGCUGGGCAGUAAAUUUGUCAUAACCUUUUAGCUGCAGUAUUACCGGGAUGCUUGCAUUAGUUUUCUGUUAACUGUGUGACCAGUGAUGAUGACUAAGGUGCCAAAAGAUUAAAACAAAUAAAUGCACUUUUGAACCAUAAAAAUGUGUCUGCGUGAGUCAGAUUUCUUAGUUAUCACUACACUGUUUCUAGUUUAUUAAGACUUAUUAAAGUGAAUUAAUUUCUUACAAUUAACUGAACAAAUAACACCAAGUAGAAAUACAAACAACUCAUUUUUGUUUAAGAAAUAUUCUACCUUGGUAUUGGCUUCACCUGUUCCCGGUUUAUCGUGUGGUAUUUAAUAUUUGGUUUGUAAAGUACAUUUGUAGAGUAAAUUCAGACAUGAUUAAAAAUUAUAAAGAAAAAAUAAUGUGUAUACAGAAAAGGACCGUGACUGGGCGACAUAAAGUGUAAAAGUUAGGAGUGGUAGGAGUGUUUAAGAAGGAGAAAAAGACUAGUGGUUUAGUGCGUAGGAGAAAGAUGAAGAUAGCUAUCGAUAAUUGUUCUACUAGGCUAUUGUAUUUUUUAGCCUUGUUAGCCUUGUUACAUGGUCUGUUCAGGAAAAAGACGUUUAUUUAAUUCGAAGUUACAAAAAAAAAACAACAACAAAACAACAACAAAAAAACUUUCUGUGUAACUUAUGUUAUUACU